ACUUCACAGUGUUCACACAGUUCCGAGUUCAUUUGUGCAUUUCGCUUUUGCCCGUCUGCCGGUCACAAGCAGAAGGCGGAAGUCGCUGGGAUUCGCACAGCGGACACACGCAUAUCCGGUGGCGCUCACGUCGUUCGCGGCGGCUGUUUGUUUCGUUUGUUUCUACAGCAAGUCGGUGAAAUCAUGAUAUUCGCGUGCCAGAAAGACAGCUACAUUCGAAGCCUCAAAACAACAGUCACAUCAUGCAAGACGGGAAGCUUAAAGCAAGUUGUCGACGGACGUAAGGACACCCUUAACGGGUAUGAAGUUACCUUCGAGGACACAGUCCUGUUCCCCGAAGGCGGCGGUCAACCCGACGAUCGUGGUACAGCUAACGGUAUACCCGUUUUACGCAUUGUUCGCAACAACGGAAAAGCAAUUCAUUUUCUAACGUCCCCGCUCGAGGUUGGUGAAAGCGUCGAACUUCAACUGGACUGGGAUCGUCGAUAUGAUCACAUGCAACAGCACUCCGGGCAACAUCUCAUAACUGCGGUUGCAGAAGAUGAGUUCAGCUUCCACACGACGUCGUGGAACCUCGGCGACGAAGUCAGCACCAUCGAAUUGGAUGCACCUUCUGGAAUAAAGCAGGAAGACAUCAGUAAGCUAGAGUUCAUCGUAAACGAAAAGAUACGCCAGUGUGUACCGGUUAACGUAAAGCUGUACGAACCUGGUUCCGAAGAACUCAACGGGGUCCGCACAAGAAUGAAAAUUCCCGAUGGAGAAGGUGAUACCAUUAGAGUCGUCACCAUCGAAGGCGUCGAUUCAAACUUAUGCUGCGGAACUCACGUUUCAAAUCUCAGCCACAUACAGGUGAUUAAGUUAUUGUACACCGAGAAAGGCAAGCAGGGGAAGACAAACCUCUUUUUCGUCGCCGGGGAGAGAGUUUUAAAGUAUCUCGGAAGAGCAGUUCACAGGGAGAAAAAGCUGACCACUCUGCUGAAGUGCGGCCCCGAAGAACACGCGGCGAUGGCAGAGAAGCUCAGCCAGUCGCUGAAGUUGGCAAACAAAAACGCCCUGUCAGCUCUCAGGGAUCUCGCGGUAGCGGAGGCAAAGAUCUUCAAGUUGUUAGAACCAAGGCCCAAGUUCUAUUCGUAUCAUAGGCGAGAGGGUGAUAACGAAUUCAUGACAAUCUUUGACAAUGAAGUAGGUGACAAGGGAAUUAUUUUGUUUCUGACAACAGGUGAUGAGAAAGGAGUAGGGCAGUUCUUGCUCUCAGGUCCAGAUGUUGUUGUUGCAGAGUACGGACCGAAAGUUUGUGAAAUGAUCGAAGGGAAAGGGUUUCUGAAGCACGGAAAAUAUCAAGGGAAGGCGAACAAGUUGUCGAAAAAGGCCAAAGCAGAGGAACUAAUCAAGGAUGGUCUCUGUAACGGCAUUGCACUUUGAGAUGAAAAUACAAUACAAUAGUAGCAAUGUUACGUGCACUG